AUGAUUAACCCUGGGGACGAUACACACCCGAAUCACCGACUGUGCCAUUCUGAUUACAAAGUACAGCUAGAGAUCGAAUUAAUGUUACGCGAGUCCCAACUUAACCUCGAACGAGGUUGAACCCUCAUUCAUUUGGUCAGGAGUAACAUCUGCGAUUCACCGAGCGUGUGUGGUUUCACCGGUACCUCGACGAUCGCUGGAACUUGCGACCCUUUGAAAGGCGCUGCCAUUAUAAACGACGUUGGCCUACACACGGGAUACCACAUCGCCCACCAUCUCGGCCACACGUUAGGUAUGUCGCACGACGUCAAAGAGGAAAAUGGCUGUCCGGGUAUUAUUCAUCACGACGAAAAUUACAUCGAAACGACGGUCAUGCAUCCCGGUAACUUGUACAUCACGAGAAAGUGGUCCGUAUGUUCGAAAGAAUCGCUGAAAUUGUACAUCGAAACAGAUUUAGGAUUCUGUUUGGAGGACAAGCAGCAAAAUUACGAGUUCCCCAGCACGGAACUUCUUCCAGGGGUGAUGUACAACGCGGAUGACCAGUGUCGAAUAGAAUACGGUCUCGAGGCCCGCCAUUGCGAUUUGGAAGUGUGGUGUUACGGAAUGAAAUGCCUGCUGGUCGGGGAAAAGCCUGGUGUCGUGGACGGUGGUUGGAGCAAUUGGUCAUCUUGGAGUCGAUGCUCCCGAACCUGCGGUUCCGGCGUCACACUCUCGGUCAGGAGAUGCGUCAAUCCUGUCCCAUCGAAUGGCGGCGCUUUCUGCAAAGGCGACAGGAAACGUCACAAAAUAUGCGCCACAGAGCCGUGCGACGUGGACGCCCCCUCGUUCCGCGAUGUCCAGUGCAGCGGGUACAACAACUGGGUCUUCCCAGAAGACGGGAAACUUCACCAAUGGUCCGAGUACAAGCUGCCCGAGGAUCUGAGAAUAUCGGAGAACCCAUGCACGCUUUACUGCGUGAACGAGAAGAACGUGGUCGCCUCCCUGAGUCCGAGGGUCAUAGACGGCACCACCUGCUACAGGGGUAUCCGGAACAUUUGCAUCGGUGGUAUCUGCCGCGAGAUACCGUGCGAUCUCAACAUGGAGUCGAACGCCAUUGAGGACGCGUGCGGUGUGUGCAGGGGCAAUGGGACUUCGUGCAGCCUCAAGGAAUACACGACAACGAUCGUGCAAGCGUUACACCCGACGAGGCUGGUCGAGAUCCCUGUCUACGCGACCAACGUCCGUGUCGAGGAGAUGGAACCCUCGAAAUCCAGGAUAAUGGUGUGGAGCAAGGAUGAGAAGCCGUUAAUUCGUGGGGAUCGUUUAGGAUUGUUCGAGGUUGCCGGCAUGAAGAUAUGGUUAGGGGCGAUAAGAUUGAACCAGGAGGCUCUCAUCAUACCAGGACCCAUCCUCGAGGACUUGAUUAUAUUGAUUCUGCCGAAAGAGAACGUGACGGUGAGGUAUUCGUUCGGCGUGAGAGAGAAGAGCCCUCGUAAGCCCGAGUUCUCGUGGAACUUUCUCGACUGGGAAGAGUGCAACGCGAAUUGCGGCCCAGGCGAGCAGAUUUCCAAGCCUCGUUGCCUGGAGAAACACGCGGGCAUAGUGGAUGACACUUUCUGCAAAAGCAUGGCGAGGCCGCAGGAAAAAGUGAGACCCUGUUAUCGGGCGCCCUGUGUCCCGAGAUGGAUGAUCGGUGAUUGGCAAGGAUGCACAUCCUGCACGUUCCGUUGCGAGAACACGCGAUCCGUCAAAUGCGUACGCCCCGUCGGUCAUUCCGAGCAGGAUGCAGAUAUUAUCGCUGACAGCUACUGCGUAGGGCCGAAGCCGAAGGAACGGGAGCCCUGCGCCGGCCGGGAGAAACGUAACAACAAUGAUUUCGUGCCUCAACCACCGCCCAACAUUACCACGUUUACUUUGGUUGGAAUGGAUGCAGUCAAGUAUAUUCAAAAAAUUCAAGAAGAGGCCGUGACCGCCUCUAAACGUUCUUAA